GGAAAAGAUGGCGUCGGUAUCAGAAAUGUACGAUGUGGGUUGGGAAGAGAUGAGAGACAAGCUGCGUAAAUGGAGAGAAGAUAACUGCAGAAAUAGCGAACAAAUUGUGGAUGUUGGCGAAGAGCUCAUCAGUGAACACGCAUCUAAACUGGGAGAUGACAUAUGGAUUAUUUAUGAGCAGGUGAUGAUCGCAGCGCUGGACUGCAGUCGAGAUGACUUGGCUCUGACCUGUCUACAGGAACUGGAGAAGCAGUUUUCAGAUAGCCACAGAGUCAAGCGAUUAUCAGGCAUGAGGCUGGAAGCUUUGGAAAGGUACGACGAGGCCAGCAAGGACUAUGAUGCCAUUCUCCAAGACGACCCCACCAAUACGGCAGCGAGGAAGCGCAAGAUCUCCAUACUGAAGGCCCAGGGGAAGAGCACUGAAGCCAUCCGGGAGCUCAAUGAGUAUCUGGAGCAGUUUGUUGGUGACCAGGAAGCGUGGCAUGAGUUGUCAGAGCUCUAUAUCAACGAACAUGACUAUGGAAAAGCCGCGUUUUGUCUGGAGGAGCUGAUGAUGACCAAUCCUCACAAUCACUUGUACUGUGAGCAGUACGCUGAGGUGAAGUACACACAGGGGGGGCUGGAAAACCUGGAGCUGUCCAGAAAGUAUUUUGCCCAGGCGCUGCGGCUGAACAACCGAAACAUGAGGGCAUUGUUUGGUCUGUACAUGUCUGCAAGUCACAUCGCUGCCAGUCCAAAAGUUAGUGCCAAGGUGAAGAAGGACAAUAUGAAGUAUGCUGCCUGGGCUGCCACUCAAAUAAAUAGAGCCUAUAAGCUGGCUGGUCGUGGGACCAAGGAGAACAAAUGCUCCAUGAAGGCGGUGGAGGAGAUGUUGGAAUCCAUGCAGAUCACCAUGUCGUAGACGCCCUCGUCCACGCCUUCCCUCGUCCCGUCUGUUCACACACAGCCACAUGGAGCAACACGGCAGCUCAAAUAGCCUUGCAAUGUGACCAGAACCAAAUCUUCAACUGAUGUUUUUUCUCUCUCUUUAUAUCUUCAAGUUUGGUUCUGUAAUUGAUUGAACUUGACACGGACAAUGUAAGACAUGGUUUCCCUCAAGUGCAAAGAUUUCCCCACCCAUCUGGAAACUGAGCAGCAAAUUCCAAAUACUCCAACUUUUUGAAACAAGUUCAACAUAGUAUUGCCCUUACUGUGAUAUCUGCCAGACUGGAUUAUACUGUCCCUCCCAUCCCAUGCUCUCUUUUAGGUUCACCUUGAACUAAUAUCACUAAUUAGCACAUUCACAUCAAGGCUAUUACUCUCACCAGGACAGAUGACAAGCUGUACAGUAAAUGCUAUUUAUAAAGACAAUGUGGAGACACCACCUGUCUGCACUGACGUCCUUAACUGUUUCCAUGCUAUCUGUAAAUGAAACAUCUUGAUCUAAUAAAACUUUUUUUCUUUUGUCUAAUCUAUAAAAAUGUCUUAAUAAAAGUUGGACUGUUA